AUUAUUAAAAUUUGUUAUUGUGUUAUAUACAUAGCAUGCUAAACGUCUAUACAGGGUUGCAAUAGCAAAAUCAUCGACCGACCACCUCAUUCUAUGAUGGUCUAUCGUUCGUCUAGUAGCGAUGUUUCCUAUCGACAGAAAAUAUAUCUAGAAAAUAUAUCAAUUCAUAAAAAUUUACUAGAAUUUAAGAGUACUUUUUGGAUGCAAUGUUAGACAAGUGCGUGUUGUGUGCAUGAGAGUGAGUGGCAAUAUAAAUGGAAUUGCAUGGACGCUACGAACGACUGAAGAGAUCGACUAAAAGCCCACCAACAAAUUGCACUUUGCGACAACGGCGAACGCUGGUGGAGGCGGAAGAGGCGACGGCAACGGCAACGGCAAAGCAAACGGAUCUUCACAAGUAGAAGCAGCAGCAGCUACGGCUUUCGGUGGAGCCGCACAAACUAGAGCAAUGUGCGAGGUUUGCGCCGAUUUCCAAAAUCUAUUGGAGUUGUAUGAGGUUCGCGUGGCCAGUUCGGAGCUUAAGUUUCAGCUGCUGCUAAAGAGCGAAAUUGAGACGACAUUUAAUUACAUCCAGUCGUGGCCACAGCGUCAGUGCAUGUGCUUGUACCGGGAUAACAAAAAUUAUGAUCGGUUUAACCUAGUUGUCCAGUCGCUCAUUUGUCUUACGGUGCAGCACUUGAAGCAUAUUGAUCAUCUGAUCGAUAGUUACAAACGGCUAACGGCUAGUGCUGCCCAAGUUGUUGCCCAAGCACAGCGAAAACCCACAUCCGAAAAGCAUCCCCAACACAAUGAAAAUGACAUCGAAAGCGAGACCAAGCAGAAGGAAUUAACGUCUUCGUCGUCAUGUACACCACCAUCGGCUGGUGACGAAAGUAGGUCAACACUAGCGGAAGCUGGCGGCAAUGAGGAAAAACGUGCCUCCGGCGACGGCCCAGGCCCGCCCAAGAAACCGCCAUCCCCACCACCUCCAGCCCCACCAACCAGCAGCAAGGCACACCCACAAUACACAGAAGAGCCGUGGAUAUUGCCUGAGGUGGAAAAACUGCUGGUACUCGUAUCCAAGGUAUUUCUGCUCAACUUUCCGCUGUACAUUGCCCACAAGCACGGCAUGCACUCGCGUCUGGACGAUCUGCAAGCGGAGGAAGCGCACCACUUGGCUCUAAUCUGUGAUCUCCACGAUAACGAUCUUCCCAUUUACUUGCUGCGCAACGUGAGCCUAUUUUGCAAUUCAGGAGGCUUUGGUGCCAUGUCGCUGUGCUUUGAACACCCAGAUUUGCCAGUAUCGACAGCUCACUCCAUGACUGCUACAGUGUCCAAUGUGAAACUGUGGCUCAACUAUCACUGCAACACACAACUGUUCGUGCCGUUACGCAGCCGCAUUCUACAAUACAUGUGCAAGCUUUCCGAUCAGAACCUACGCUCGGCCGCAACACGAGCAAUGGCCGACUUCGUAUGGUCAUCCAUGCGGGAUCCGCUUGAUGUGGCCGUAAACUUCGAUACUGAAGGACUGGCUCUGGCCUUCAAGUACUUCACAUCGACCACAUUGACGAUGCGUUUGGCGGGAAUGGCCCAGAUUAAUGCUCACAUAAAUCUGUUCAACGAGAUUUGCACCACUGAAACUGUGAACGAGGUGGAGCUCUUUGGACAACGCAUUGCGAAUUGGCUAACUGAAAAUCAAAUUGUGCAGCAUCUGUUUGGUCCGAAUUUACAUGUUGAAAUUGUCAAGCAAGCCCAUGUACUCCUUAACUUCCUCGCCGUGGAGAAUCAGAUCUCCGAGGAGGACAUAAAACUCAUCUGGCAAGCGACACAACUCAAGCAUUGCUCGAAAACAAUUUUCGAUAUAUUGCCGGCUCUAGUAAAGAAUCUGGCACCACGGCCGGCCAUGCACCUGUAUUCGCUGCUCUGCCGUAUGGACCCAAAGGAGCAUACCGAACAAAGCAUUUACAUUGCGUCCGCUCUGACAAAGUUAAUUUGGACGCGAGAUUGCACUCGCAGCCAAAUGAAUUUAAUGCAAGACCAUUUGCUUGGCUCCAAUGUGACGGCUUCCAGCUCGGACAGCGGCAGCAUUGAAGGCAGCAACACAGAGGACGAGCACGUGGGGGCCGAUGACAGCAGUAUCGCAAGUGGCGGCGGUGGUGGUGGUCACAAAAGUCCUGUCGAUGGGGUAACACCGUGUAAGCAAGCCAGGCACAGACGUCACAUUUGCGAUCCUACCACCGAGAAGGCCAAGCAAAUGAGCGGCGACGACAUCGCAAAGGUGGACAUUAAAAACCAUCGCAUUGUUAAUAUAAUCGACAACACGAGCAGCGAAGAGGAACUGCAGUCGCGAGCUGCUUUGGAGUUACAGCUCCAUCGCAAGAAGACAAGCAACAAGCGACGCCGGCCGAAAGCUACCAACAAGCAACAGAUUCUGCCACAUGAGCUGGUGGAAAUUUGGGACGGUGUCGAGGAUGUGCCAAGCAGCGAUGAUGGUGAUGCCGAUGGCGACGGUGAACUUCUCGCUGACAGCGAUGAGUGCAGUGACAGUGCCGGUCAUCAACUGGUGCCCGCUGCGGUGCUGAAGCAUUUGCACGGCGAAGGUCCGUAUAUACGAGCCAUUGCCGAGACGAACAUCAGCGAACUUCUGAGCGGUGCAGAGAACGAUGGUAGCUACUCAUCACCUAUGAGCAACAAGUCGGAGAAAAACUUGGCAGACUUUGACGACGAGGACGUUUCGCCGUGUGAGGAAGAAUUGGCCCAACUUGUCAAUUCGCAUGGAGCACGCGUAGCUGCGCCGAAUUGUAGAGAUGUGGCUCCGGCCUUUGCAGCUGCCGCAGCUGCUUUGAUGGCCGCUCAAUCGGCCAUGGCCAUGCAAAAGUCUGGUGAAACCAAUGUUGCCGCCGCUGCAGCUGCUGUUGCGGCAGCAGCUGUCGCCACUGGCAAUGCACAACAGUCGCUAGUGGCUAUGAGACAACAGGCCAAUGCAGCUGCCGCGGUUGCUGCUGCAGCCGCUGUCAAGUCCAAGUCUGACUCAGAUGUGGAUCUAAUUGAAGUCUGCAACAAGCAACUGCACUCGCCGAAGACCAGCAACGCAGCGUUUUCGAACAACCAGCCUUCUUUUAAGCUAAACGAUGUUUGCCUGCCGGGCAAUACGCUGCUUUGGGACCUGCUACAGGACGAUAAAAUUGGACAACUUGGCGAAUCUUUAGCAUUAGAGGCUGAGAAAGCGCUGGCAACGCUGCUUUGCUUUAGCAUGGACCGCCAGCUGCGCACAAAAUUUAUUGAGGGCUGUCUGCAGAACGUGGCCAACAAUCGCAGUGUGAUCGUGAGCUUGCGCUUGCUGCCUAAGCUCUUUGCAUCAUUCCAGCAGUUUCGACCAUCGGACACACAUACUAUGACAUUAUGGGCGGAGCGUAAUCAUCGCAUGAUGAUGUGCUUCUUCAAUAACAUUCGGCACUAUGCCAGAAGGCAUGCUGAGCUAUUGAUCAACCAGAAUGGAGAGCAGCAACAACAGCAACUGGGCCUUCAACUGUAUUCGCACAAAACGCAGGUUUCUGUGAGAUUACAGUUUCUCUCAUCCAUCUUUUCUUCGGUGGGUUCACCAAAGAGUUUUCGCCUAACGCUGGAGCAGUUGGAUGCGCUGUGGGAGUGGCUGGCGCAUGAUCCCGAGUGCUCGGAUUGUUAUUUCUCAUGGCUACAGGCUCAGACAAAGGGCGGAGAUCAGCAUGCACUUGGCAUCGAUGCACUGCAUCACUUAUACUUAAAAAAGCUGCCCGAACUGCGACCUGAAGAAUUUUCCAUGGUGGCACUAGGUCUCUUUCAACAGUUGUGCAGCUUUGCGCGCAUUGCAAUGGCCGAGUACGAGAAGCACAGCGAGACCAUCAGUGCGAACUCCAGUGCCGUGGGAAUGUACCACCUGUGGAAGAUCGCCUUGCGCGCUCAAAGCAACGAGGUAUCGCUGGCUGCGAUCCAAUACAUAAACAUGUACUACAUGGGGCAGCAGCUGCGUCUGGAAAAAGAAUUUGUAUCUCAGUGCAUGGACAAUCUUGUUCAGGCAGCUACCGCACUGGAAUGUAUUGAGGAUGAGAACGCGCUAAUGCGAGUACAGCGCGGAUUACUGCUUCUGAAUACCCAUCUGGAUACAUUUAGACGGCGCUAUGCAUUCCAUUUGCGCCGCUGGGCCAUCGAGGGAAAGGGAAUUGGCUCGCACAGCAAUCUGAAGAACGAGGGCGCUGGGCCACCCCUACGAAUUGUUCUGCAACAGGCAGGUCUUUCGGAGAAAAGUCUGUUGCAUAUGCACGCGUGUGAUCUUAUUGCUGAUCUCAAGGCGGAGGUUUCAAAGUGGUGGGAGAGCCUGCAAUCGGGCAUGGCGGCACCUGUGUUGGGUCUGCUCUUAAGCGAUGGUCCACUCCGGAUAAUUACACAGGGCCAGGAGCUAACUUCGGAUUAUGAUGAGCGCUCCCUAGGCGAUGCUGGUUUUAAAGAUAAUCAAAUCGUUUAUGUUUCGCUGGGUGGACGUGGUGCUCGUCGCAAAGAGACAAAUAUCGAGCAUCCAUCGAUGUUGCCGCCACCGCCCAAGGAAUGUUUGCCUACAGUUCUUCUCCUACAGCCCAAAUACUUUGAAAAACUCUUCUGUCUGAUGCAAACGCUUGGCGACAUGAAGCCGCAAUCAUCAACUGUGCAUCUGCAGCAUCACACAAAGGCGCAGCUGUUGUCGCGUCGUGUAUGGGAUAUUUUGGCAAUGUUGCCCACAAAUCCGCAUAUAUUAGAUGCUUUUAAGAACCUGGUCAACGAUCUCAGCGAACUGCAGCAACUGGAAGACCAGGAACAGCUAGCCAAUAAGCGCAAGGAUAUUAAGCAUAAGUUUAAAGAGUUGCUUGAUCCAAGCAAUCUGCAAAAGUUCAUGUAUUCCUUGCACAUCGUCGAGAGCCUAGCGUUAAGCAGUGGACCGCGCCAAGCUGCUGCUUCUGGUGCUCCUAGUGCCCCUGUUGGUGCUGGAUCCAAUGGAAAUCUGAUUAUAAGUGAGCAACCGCGCAUCAAAAAGGGCACGAACAGGCGGCACAACAGUAUAGAACAGCCCGCCGAACCCAAACGUAGCAGCAGCAGCAGUGAUUGCAGCAAGGAACUGGCUGGAGGUGAAAUGGAGACAUCGCUAAUAUCAAAUCCACGAUCGGGCAGCGAUGUGGAUAUUAGCGAGUUGGCAAGCGGCGGUGACAAGGAGAACCAGCCGAAACAACACUGCAAACGUCAGAAGAAGGUCGAUGGCCAGGAACUAGAGCGCCCACUGGGCUGUACCACACCGCCGCCGCCUUCGCCAACUUCGACAUUGCCGGUGGCAGCACCAGCACCUGUGCGCAGUGCGCCGCCAGGUGAAAGUAGCAAGUGGAGCGAAGCUUUCAUCAAGUGCGGUGGACUGCAGCAUCUGUACGAGAUAUUUAGCGCAGGUCAGCUGCAGCAAAGCGCGCAUCCCAAGGAGCUUGCGCUGAACGAGUGGCGUCAUGAUUGUUUGGCCAGCCUAUUGCGCAUCCUUUGGUUGUUGGGCUUCGAGGAGCUACAGACGCAGGAUGUGCAUGUGCUAAUGUCACGGCCACAUGCGUUCAUGCUUCAGCUGAUGGAGGUGCCGCAGUGCCUGCAGCGUCUCUCAAGCAUACUUAGCGACGAAGUCCACCAGCACUUGUCUGCCGGAGCCACUUCUCUAUUAUUCCCCUACCAAUUCCAUCAACUUCGCACUGGUUUCUGGGGUCGAGCACAGUUGGUGCAGUUUACCAUGAAUAUUCUAGUGAGCUUUGUGCAUGCGUCAGCAGAGGCACGGCGAUUGCUCUGGUCUCAGCCGGACCAAUGCAACUGGCUGCAGAAGUUCAUAUUGGAAGACCCAGAGCCAGCGGUGCGUCGCGAAAUCUGCGCCGGUCUCUAUCGAAUAUGUUUGGGUAAUGCUCAAAGCUAUCGCCUGCUGCUAGCGCCGCUGCUCCACAAACUAAUUGCGCUGCUGCCACGAGCUGAGCAGAUGAGUUCGUCUGUGCAGCACACCCAGUUUUUGUUGUCGGAGGAGGGCAAAGAGCCGUACGGACCGGCAUGUCGGGAUUACUUUUGGCUACUGGCACGACUUGUUGACACAUUAACCCCUGAAAUGGUGGCCGAGGAGCGUAUCGAUAUAGAGCUGCUAUGCGAGAGCAUUUCGGAGAGUAUUCUUAGCCGUGACUACCAUGAGCUACGGCAUGGCUAUCAGGAUGACGGGUUGGUGGGCCUACUCAAUCUUAUGUCUAAUCUGAUUAAGUACGACACCAGCUACAAGUACAGGCCCAAGGCUUUGAGCUUCAUAGAGCAGCUAAUCGAAUUCUUGUUCGAAAUGCCGUCUCCCGCCAACCGGCAAAAGCCGAAAUGCAAAUCAGCCACAUCGCGUGCCGCUGCUUACGAUCUGCUCGUGGAGCUGUGUCGCGGCUGUGCCACCAACUACAGCUACCUGCAUGGUCGACUGCUGACGCAGCAUAGAUCUGGUCCAAAGCAACCGUAUCCCUGGGAUUAUUGGCCGCGUGACGAGGGACGAGCCGAGUGCGGCUAUGUGGGACUCACGAACUUGGGCGCCACCUGCUAUAUGGCUUCCUGCAUACAGCACCUAUACAUGAUGCCACAGGCGCGUGCAGCAAUAUUGCGUCUGCCGCCCGCUGGCGCCCAAAAGCAUGCCCCCACGUUAUUGGAACUGCAGCGCAUGUUCGCAUAUCUGCUGGAGUCGGAGCGCAAGGCGUAUAAUCCGCGCAGCUUCUGCCGAGUGUACCAGAUGGAUCAUCAGCCUCUAAAUACGGGCGAGCAGAAAGAUAUGGCAGAGUUCUUUAUUGAUCUGGUUUCAAAGCUGGAGGAAAUGACGCCAGAUCUGAAGCACCUGGUAAAACGCUUGUUCUGCGGCACUUUAAGCAACAAUGUCGUUUCGUUGGACUGCGGUCACGUUUCGCGCACCGCUGAGGAGUUUUACACGGUUCGUUGCCAAGUGGCGGAUAUGCGAAAUUUGCAAGAGUCGUUGGAUGAGGUGACUGUCAAGGAUACGCUCGAGGGUGACAACAUGUACACCUGCUCACAGUGUGGUAAAAAGGUGCGUGCUGAGAAGCGUGCCUGCUUUAAGAAGCUGCCACAGAUCCUGUGCUUCAAUACCAUGCGGUAUACCUUCAAUAUGGUGACCAUGCUGAAGGAGAAAGUCAACACGCACUUUUCGUUUCCCUUGCGACUCAAUAUGUGCCACUACGUAGAGAAGACGCUGAUGCCGCAGCAAUACAAGGAAGACCGUGAGAAGCGAAUACGCGAACGUCAAGAGAACGAGAAUGACGAGGGGGCUGAGAAUGAAAAGGCUGAAGCCACAUUGGACGCAGAUAUCGAGGAGUGCUAUGAGUACGAAUUGGUUGGCGUCACAGUGCACACAGGAACAGCAGACGGUGGGCAUUAUUAUAGCUUUAUCAAGGAGCGCACGAAAAGUAAUUAUCAUCCGCACGAGCGGUGGUUCCUGUUCAAUGAUGCCGAAGUCAAACCGUUUGACCCGUCGCAAAUAGCGGCCGAGUGUUUUGGCGGCGAAAUGACUAGCAAGACAUACGACUCAGUGACCGAAAAGUAUUUGGACUUUAGCUUUGAAAAGACCAAUUCAGCUUACAUGCUAUUCUAUGAACGUCGUUUGCCGGAGCACCUGCAACGUCGGCACUCUGAACUGUUGGCAACCCCAACGCCAAGUCCCACUAAUGAGGAUAAACCAGAAACCGAGGAGCAACCCAAAGUUGAAGCGGACAACAACAUCAGUAAAGAGCCCACUACAGUGGACGAUGCGGAACCAGUUAAGGCACAGACAGAUAAAGCGGCUCCGUUAAAGAUAGAGACUGAGAAACUACUGGAGAAGGAACAAACUGAAAAGCCAGACCCGACUCAAAUAAAGGAAGACGAGGAAAAGGAGCAAAUAACAGCCAAUUGUGAUAAUAUUAAGUCGAAUAACAACAAUGAACCGCAGGCGUCAACCUCAAAGGCGGUCGUUCUCGCGGAAGCCAAAGUAACUACUAAACUACAGCAGUUUCGUCCUUUGUUAAGCAAGGAGCUAGAAGAUUGGAUUUGGCAAGACAACAGACAAUUCUUGCAAGAUCGAAAUAUCUUUGAGCAUACCUACUUUAAUUUCAUGUGGCAAAUUUGCGGCCACAUACCACAGACGUUAAUCUCGGAGACGGACGUCACCUGCAUGGCCGCCAAGUUGUCCGUGUCGUUCUUCAUUGAAACAUUCAUACAUGCCAAGGAAAAGCCCACAAUGGUUCCUUGGGUAGAACUGCUAACGAAGCAAUUUAAUGCCAGUGAAGAGGCUUGUGAAUGGUUCCUAUCACAUAUGUCAGUUGAACCCUUUUGGCCCGUGCAGGUUUUAAUUCAAUGCCCAAAUCAAAUGGUCCGUCAAAUGUUCCAACGUCUGGUCGUCCAUGUUAUACAGCGAUUGCGCGCGUCGCAUGCUGAUCUGUAUCUCGGCGUGGAUACAGACGAGAAUGACCGGGAGCUGAUUGGACAAGCAUCAUGUGUGACGCGGUUUAUAAGCUCACUAAUUUCCCUAUUGGAACAUGGAGCGCGCUCUCAUCUGCGCCACCUGUCCGAGUACUUUAGCCUGCUCUGUGAAUUCUCACGCAUGGGAGAUGAAGAGGCCAUGUUUUUAUUGCGUAUCGGCGUACUUAAAAGCCUGGUCGACUUCUACCUUGGCCAUAAACAAACAGAUAGUAUUGACAUCAGCUCAGAUAAUGAGGACAACUCUUCAGAUGAGGCUCUCUCAGUAGAAAAAAUGCGUCCAGCAUCGCUUGAUAAAAUGAUUGCAUUGUGUGCUAGUCUUGUCGAGCGCUCGCGGGGCGCUGAUUUUCGAUUGCGUCUAUCGCCGAAAGACUUCAACGCCAUUGCCGGUGGAAAGGGCUUUCCAUUUUUGUAUCAACAAAUAAAGGAUGGCAUUAAUCCGCACCAGACAAAGCAUUUAAUCCAUGCGCUCUGUCGCUGGGAUGAUCGUUUGGCUACACAAAUCAUCAGCAUGCUCUUCGCAUCGGUCACCAAACACACCGAGCUCUGUGCGCCUUUCUUCAAGCUGCUCACUUUGCUCACCGAGACGCAGGGCGGACCCGUUGGCCUGCCUUGCUUUACGCAACUCGUACUGCCACGCAUGUGGGAUGCAGCAGAAUACUGUCCACAGUCAGUGCUCGACUGGCUUUCCCUGCAGGCAACCAAAAAUAAAAUAGCCCAUGCCUGGAUCCUGCAGUCCGCCGAGCAGUGGUUGGAACAGUUUCUGCUUGCGCACGAUAAUACGCGUGUAAGAAAUGCCGCUGCCUGUCUGCUAGUGGCGCUGGUGCCAUCGCAACCGUUUCGAGCCAACUUUCGCGCUCACUCACAGCAUAAGUUGUUGGCUCUCAACCCGCACAGCUACCGCGACAUUAACAGCGAUGCCCAAGUCGUGCUGCAUCAAGUGAUAACAUUGCUGCUGCGUCUGCUACGUCCAGCACGUGUCUAUGCAGACAUAGGAGCACAUGGUACCACGAAGCUGACGGCCUAUUUUAACCUGCUCAGCUACUGUAUGGUUUCAAAGACUGAAAAACUAAUGAUAGGUUCGUUUAUGCGCUCCCUGUGGGAGCUGUUUCAUCCGCGUCUCUCUGAGCCUAGUGUUCCGGCGCAUCACAACAAGCACGCACUGCUCACCUUCUGGCAUCACUCGCUUGUGGAUUGUCCGGAAAACGCAACCCAAGUGGCCAAUUGCCCUGAGAUAACACGAAACAUUGCAUUUAAUUAUAUACUUGCCGACCACGAUGACUCGGAGAUUGUUACUUACAAUCGGUCCAUGCUGCCCGCUUACUAUGGGCUGCUGCGUUUGUGUUGCGAGCAAAGCCGGGCACUCACCCGACAAUUAGCGCAGCACCAAAAUCUACAGUGGGCGUUCAAGAACAUUACGCCACAUCCCACUCAGUAUGCAGCUGCUGUCGAUGAACUGUUCAAGUUGAUGGCACUAUUUGCCACCCGCCAUCCGGAUGCCAAUGAACAGGAAAAACUCGAUGUCAUAGCUUUUAGGCGUUCCGUUAUUGUAUCGUACACAACCAGUCUGGAUGCGCGGGUCUCCUGGUCAACGCUGAUUAGCGCGCUGAAAAUACUUGUGGACAAUGACGACGAUCGCAUGCUGGUCAUCUUCAAUGGCGGCAUUGAGAUGUGCUUUGAGGCGCUGCACACGUUACAUUCCAUGCACCACGAAGCCACCGCCUGCCAUGUGGCUGGAGAUCUAUUGGAUCUCCUUGGAGAAAUGGUGCUCCUGCUGGCGACGCUACGCAUGCGCACAGAUAACCCAGCGCAAAAAAAGCAACAACAGCAGCAACUGGAACAGCAACUGCAACUUCAGCAGCAGCAAUUGCUGCAGAAACAACAGCAAUCACAAUGUACCCAAGCGCCACAGACACCCCAGCAAAAAGAGAAGCAACUGCAGCAGCAAAUGCAGCAGCAUCUGCAAUUGCAGCAAAUGCAGCUGCAGCAGCAACAUUUCUUGCGCCAGCAGCAUCAGCAUUCAGCCCUCGCAAAGGCUUUGCCAGAUGCAAUUAAACGUCUCGCCACGCUUCUGAAUACAUUUAAUUCGCCCGAAAUCAGUCGCAUGGCACUCGAGGUGCUCAAGGAGCUGGUUCGCAACACCAGCCUGGAGGCUACGACCAUUUUGGCGCCUAUUUUGAUUAACUGCCAUUUAUCAGUGGCCAAUGCACCCAACGCGAUUGGCCCAUUAGGACCCUAUUUUCCACGACGUGGUGCCAAACAGACGCCCUGGCCAUUAGGUUCCAAGAACUCACCUCGUCCCCCGAGGCCGAUGGUGCAAAUGUGUAUAGCUUUGUCGGAGUUGACGCCGCGCGGUCUUGACACCGAGUACGACGCACAAGUGGAUGCCUUCUACAGGCCGUAUCAUGACUUUAUCGAUGUCAUGCUGCGAAUGUGCGUCAACACAGGCACACUCAACGACACGCUGGUCAAACUUCACUGCUUGGUAGCCAUAGAGUCAACACCGUUGCAUUUCAACUACUUUCCCAAGUUUUGGGUGGGCAUACACAACAAUGCCUUAACAAACAAAUAUUCAGAUUUGCUUGUGAGGAAUCAGCUGCUAAUAGAAUAUUUGCAUAAUGUGCUAAGGGACGAGCGGAGCAUGCUGAAAGAUGCAUUUGUGCGAGAGUUUUUGGAGCUAUACUAUCACAAAGUUGCAGCGCAACUUCCUGUUGCACGAAUGAUCUACACGAUUAACUAUGGCAUGCACUCCAAGGAUGACAUUGAUGAGCUGUGCGGUGAUCUAUUUGCGAUACGCAUUAUUGCUCAAGCUACUGGUGUGCCGACGUCAGUGCGCAAGGAGCUGCGUGGAUCCCUAAGAGCACUGCUUAACAAGAGUGAACGCUAUAAGAAGGAUGCGGAAAGAGACCAAUUUCCCAACAAGAAGCAAAAACGGGACUCUUCCAAAGAAAAAGAAGAACCACAUUCCACUGGGCAAUCUGAGGCAGAUAAAGAAGACAAUUUGACGGAAAGCAAAGAGAAAGUCGUAGUAGUCGACAAUGCGAGUGCUGCAGAUGUGUCCACGGAUGCGCCCAGUGAUACUGUUAGCUCAACUGAUACUGUUACUACUGUUGCGGAGAAUGUCGUGGAACCAGCGACAGUCGUUGAUUCCGUAGACGAGCGUAUGGAGAGCCCAGCAUCCGAGAACCUAGAAAAAGCAUCGGUUCCCUCAUCAGAUGAUGAAACUGAACUUGAGGAUGAAUUGGAGCCGACACCUAAGCGCAAUAAAAAAUCAGCUAACAAAAAAACUGCACAGGAUCGUCUGAACGAGGAUCGUAAGAAACGGCUAAGCACCUUGCUCACUAUGGAGUCCUACAUACAAAGCAUUUUCGCGAUAAUUAAACGGGAAACGAUUGCGUCGAACACUGCGCAAGGCAAGGACCAUCCUGGUGAUGAAUUCGCAGUAGAGGCAUCAACAUCAGCUGCUGCUGCAAUCUUGCUGAAGCCGAAAGGUGCUUCAACACCUCCAGAGGUCGAGGACAAUGUGCCACAAGGCAACUACAACAUUGAGAUGGACACAGAGAGUCCUGUCAAAUCCAAGUCAAAUGACAAGGUUGAGGAGAUGGACAAACCCAAUGAAUCAUCGCCUGCAACUAAGUCUGUUGCAAACACAGUAAACACUGUUGUUCCCACAGCCGUCGCCACCCCAGCGACAGUUGUUGCACCCACAUCACAGGCAACGAGUCCCAGUCAAAUUUAGUUGUCGUUCAAUGAUUUGCUCAGCAUUUUAUUUUUCGGCAAGCCACUGGACUGAUGGUACGCAAGCCGCGGAUCAAGUGAUGGCUAAGCUCUAGAGUACUACAAAUGUUUGACCAAAGGUCAGAAAUUGCAUGGAAAAAUUUGAACAACCUAAGGUUGGUGCUGCUUGCUUUCGGCGGGCCUGUGCUCGGGCAAACGACUUUUGAGCAAAUGAAUAAAUAAUACGAAAUUAAAGUUAAUCUAGCAACAUAUUAAAUCGGUAACAAAAAAUUCAAAUAUAAAUUGAACUCACGCGGAGACAAACAUCCGCACUUCGCGCACCAUACAUCCAUCCCACACCCACUCACGCAUAGACAUGCAUGCAUUAACACACAUACAUAUAUAAAUAUAUACAUCCAUAAAUACAUAAAUACAUACAUACAUACAUACAGUUAGCAAUAAUGAUGAUGACGUUACUAUUUUAAGACUUCCACGACCGUAAAUUGUCCAAAAUAUUAAAAAUCACAUUACUCCCAUUUCAAAAUGAUAGUUAAGUAAAAAGUUUACACAUAUAUUCAAUAUGAGAACCUUGUUAUGCACUACGAAUGCCAAAAGCAACAGCAUUAUGGGCAACAUAAAAAUGAAAAACAAAACAAACAAUUGAUAAUGAAAUGAUAUGAUGAAUUGAGUUGAAAAACGGCUUACGAGACGCUAAUAUCUAUAUAUGUUGUAGUAGAACCUUUAGGUACGUUUUACGCUGCUAAUUACUUUUUGGUUUAGUUUCCUAUCAUGUUCACUGUCGCUACCCUUCCUCUCCCUAUCCAUGUGUACUAUAACUGUAUGUUAGACACAAAUGAACAGAUAUUAUAUAAUUAAUCAACUCUAUUUUUUUUUAAACAAAGGAUGUGCGACAAUUUUCAUUGUAAAUUGCUGAACGAUACGAAAUAAUUAAAACUUACGUUCUUUACUUCUUGCAAGAAUAAAUUGUAAUUACGCACAUAAGUCUAGUUAGUAGUCCAUGUGAAACAUAAAGGACAAAGCUUAAAAACAAACCAUCCCUUUAAAGGGGCGCAUAUAAUGUUAGUCUUAAGCCACAGCAAACGAUCGAAAUCUAAAGUAUGUAAUGUUGAUCAACAAAUACAGAUUCAUAAGCAAAUAAUAAAACCAUG